AUGGCACUAGGUGGGUUGGGGGAGAAGACAAUAACAUUUGCAAAAGGUGGCAACAGUGAGCAUGUUCAUGAGAAAAUUCUGGAGGCAUAUCCAUUCCUUGCUAAUGUGGGAGGCUACCAAAUUCUCAGGACAGGGGAGUGUGGCAAUAGGCAAUUGAUAAUGCUUCCCAUUCCACCUGGUGGUUAUACUGUUGCUUUCCUCAAAUCAACAUUGGCAUCAGCUAAAGGGUAUAUACGUCCUUUUCAAAAGGAAAUUAUAGUUGACCAUGGCAGUGUCAUUGGUGGUGUUCAGAGUCAGGUUUCUAUUUUUGGAGUUGUGAUUCUUUACAAAGAAUGUUGCCUCUACCUUUGUGUUGUUGAUUGAUUAAUUGAUUGAUUGAUUGAUAAGAAAAUUAAAUUUUGUUUGAUUGUAAUUUUGAUGCACAGGCUUAUUUACAAAAAUAUCAAGCCAUGCCUAGGCCCCUGACUAGGUGAACUCCCCUCCCCCAUAUGUUCAGUCGACCAUAUCAUUGUUAAUUAAUGUAUUUUAAAUACUGUAUGUACAAUAGUAACUCCAAAUUUUCCCCCCAAAUGUUUGCCAUUUUCAGAGUUACUAUUGUAUUGUACUGUUGCUGUUAAUUUGGUUCAUUUCGACAGGCUAUUCUCACUUGGUGUUUUCAUGAUUUCACCAUAUCUAAUGGUUAUUUUUUAGAUAUCUAUGAGUUCAAAAGUUGAAUGUGUGAAUUGUCAUCAAAUCGUGGCAAUGGACUCAAUGAAAAUGCAUGGGGAUGUGCGUGGUGGUGGCUCGUCUGCCACUCUUGAUGAAAGUUACAGGUAUUGUCGCCAGUGUUGUGGCGACUGGUAA